AUGAUGACAAUCUUUUCUGCAGUGGUCGUACCACUGCUUGCCCUGCCACUCGGCACCUCUUUCGCUUUGCCGGACUUGCGACAAACUAUACUACAGUUGAGCGAUGCAAACCGGGAUGUUACUGCAUCUGCCACCCAGAGGCAAACGCUAAAAGACAUGAUAUACGCCCUCGAUGUUAUGCAAGAUAGUUACUUUGAGCAAUGGCUCGGUACGUGGCCGGAUGCAAUAGACUGGACUGCGGCAGUCGUUGGCACUCACGUAUCUGGCGCCUUAUCAUCAUUGACCAUGACAUCACCCGAACUGCUAUCCUCGCCAAUCGCAAACAGCUCUGUCCUUGAACAGACGCUUGCAUAUGAGAAUCUCAUCAACCGCUACUUUGAUCAAGUCUCCAACUUCUAUUUCGGGGAGAAUGCUUUCGCCGUUCGAAUGCAAGCAUUUGACGAUAUGCUAUGGGUGGUUCUCGGUUGGUUGGAGAGCAUCAAGUUUCAAAACCUGCAUUCGGAGUUACAUUACGAGACUAUGAAUUCUACAAUCGAAGCGCAAUGGCAUGGAAAGCAGCUUCAAGUGCCUGCAGCGCACAGAGCUCGUAUAUUCUAUGAGCUGGCCUCUACCGGCUGGGACAGCGAGCUGUGCGAAGGCGGGAUGAUCUGGAGCCCCUACCUAGAACCAUACAAAAAUGCGAUAACGAACGAGCUGUUCAUCUCGGCGAGCAUUGGAAUGUAUCUGUAUUUCACGGGCGAUCCAAUCAGUGCGCCAUUCAUCAUGCCUUCCGGUCAUUACCGUGUGCACGAUCCCAGUUUUCUAGCUGCGGCAGUGCGUAGUUAUCAAUGGCUCAAGGAUUCCAAUAUGACUGGAACUGGUGGUUUGUAUGCGGAUGGGUUUCAUAUACAUGGCUACAAGGGUGUCAAGAACCCUGGAACCAAGAAAUGCGACGUGCUCAACCCCAUGAUAUUCACUUAUAACCAGGGCGUCGUCCUCAGCGGACUGAGGGGUCUGUGGCUCGCCACAAGCUAUCAAGACUAUCUCGAGGACGGACACGAGCUCGUUCAGCGCGUGAUGCGGGCUACAGGAUGGCCCAAAACCAAUCGCCGCAACUGGGCCGGUCUUGGACGAGGCGGCGUUCUCGAAGAAGCCUGCGACUCUCACAGUGACUGCUCACAGAACGGACAUACCUUUAAGGGGAUAUUUUUCCAUCACUUGACUGAAUUCUGCCAUGUUCUGCGACCUGAAGAAGUCAGGUUACUUGCUCUGUUUGCCGAGCCUGGGGAAUCAAUAGAAGAGAAGCAAGAUACAUUCAAUAAAUGGCAUCUGGCUCAAUGCCGAAAGUAUGGGGAUUGGGUUGCGCAUAAUGCCCAGGCGGCACUUGCCACUAGAAAUGAGCAGGGGAAAUUCGGCAUGUGGUGGGGUGUGACGUUUCCCAGUGCACACGUUGAUAUUACUGGUACCGAUAUGGAGGAAUCACAUAUACCCGCAGGAGCUAUAGAUUAUGUGAAUCAUGGGGAAGCAGGUCCAGACUCGGAGGAGCUUAAGGGUCUAUUACGACCGGCCUCCGGAGCUGAUUACAGUGAAGAUAAUAGAGACCCGACAAUACCUUCGAAGAUGGGUACACCGCUCCCUCUUACUAAAGAAGCCACUGCAGGACAGUAUGAAAAUGGCAGAUGGGUGAGGGAUGUGAAUGAUCGGGGUCGAGGUCGCACUGUCGAGACACAAUCCGGUGGUCUUGCCGUGUUACGUGCUUGGUAUCAGUGGCAGACAUCGUCAUUUUUACAGUAG